AUUCAAGGGCCAUCAUGUGCUACCGCCCUGUCGCAUGAUUAGGGUCUCCAGAAUCAGGUACCGGGGCACGAAGGAGACGCUGGCUGAAUCGCAAACCAAGGAAGGAGAACUCAAGCUCUUCAAUCCACGCUCAAUCUCAACUACCAGUACACUUUGUGUUUUAAACAAUCUGAAACAAUGUCACCCCGACCCUUUGUCAAGAAUUUGACCUUCCAGUCCAACGACCUCGGCAAGGAGGUCACGAUCAUGCUCGCUUGGAGUCCCAACGUGGAAGGCCUCUACGAGGACGUCUUCCCGAUAGUUUGGAAAGUCAGCAAAUUCGGGAAGUCGGGUCCAUACAGGGCUACCGCGACCUACACGGCCCAGUAAGAUGAUC